AUGUUGCGCAAGCACCGCACCCGGGAGCUAGUCAUCCUGGAUCGAGUCUAUGAGCACAUUAGCCUGCCACCGCUUGUCGUGGCCGCGAUCGACACGCCGGCUUUCCAGAGACUGCGGUCACUGCACCAGCUCGGCGCAUCCUCCUUUCUGUACCCCGGCGCCGUGCACACGCGCUUUGAGCACAGCAUUGGUGUUGCCCACAUGGCCCGCACUCUUCUACGAAACUUUCAGCACCACCAGCCGGACCUGGGGUUAAGCGAGGUGGACAUCGAGCUCGGGAUGUUGGCAGGGCUGUUCCACGAUGUCGGCCAUGGCCCCUUUUCUCACUUGUUCGAGGACGUCGUCUCGCGUCGCUGCGGAAUUGAGUUCAACCACGAAGACAUGUCGGAGAAGAUUGCGCGGCGGGUGCUCACUGAUCUGAUCCCGCGGACGCACGUGGACGUGGUGGUAGGGCUGAUGCGCGGCAAGGCAUUGCAAGGGAUCACCUACGGCGAAAUCAUCAGCAACAAGCGCAACGGCAUCGAUGUGGACAGGCUUGACUACUUCAUUCGAGACUCGGUGUGUUGCUUCGGCAAGCCCACCGUUGACGUACGUGUGAAUCGACUCUUCAACUCUGCCCGCAUGGUAUGCGAGGGAGGCCAGUGGCAGCUGGCCUUUGAGCAGAAGCUGGCCCUUUCCCUCCGCGAGAUCUUUACGCUUCGGGCGAAGCUGCACAAAAACGUCUACCAACAUCAAGUCACGAAGGCUAUUGGCCACAUGAUCGGAGACGCCAUUCACGCGGCGGCACCGUACUUUAGAGUCGGCGGCCACACCCUCGUCGAGUGUGCCCAGGACGAGACGCUCUUUCUGAAGCUCGGCGACUGGAUCUUGGAGGCGAUUGAGGCGAGCGAGGACCCGCGGCUGGCCGAGGCGCACGCCAUCCUUCACCGUCUUCGCACUCGAGACAUCUACCGCGUCGCCUACUCUUCUGCUCUGGAUAUGACGAUGCGGGAGCAAAUGGCUGCGGUGGACUGGCCGGCUGCCAUCCUGGCGCACGCCCAGCCGUCGUUCCCGCUCAACAGGGAUGAUUUUAUUGCGGAGGUGGUCGUAGUCAACCAGGGCAAGGGCCCGGCAGACCCGCUGGAGUCAGUGCUCUUCUUCAACCCCAAGAAGCCGUCGCAGCCUCUCACGCGGCUGAAGCCCGCAGAGGACCUGAAGCACGGCAGCCCACUCUUCACCCCACUCCAGUUCGAAGAACGAACACUGAUGGUGUUUGAGCGCCGCCCAACGAAGGGGGCGGUGCAGUGCGCCUGCGAGCGGCUCAGCGCUGACCCCCAGUACGCCGCCUUCUUCACCGAAUCACUACCUUUCUACAACAUGAAAUGA